AUGGGAAAUAAACCAGGAGUAAUGCGUGAGAAGCCGGUGCCCGCGCCGCAAAAAGUAGCCAACAAGAAACCUGUCCGAAGUCUCGACCACAUCAACAAAAUGCCAACUGUGAUCCCAAAGCGCCAAUGCAAGUUGCGAGUCCUCAAACAGUACCGAAUCCACGAUUGGCUUCUCCUCGAACAAGAGUACAUCAAACAAAGGGAUGCUCAACGACCACUCAAGGCGGUAAAGAAAUCGGAACGCAAAACAGUGAACAGCCUUCGGGGAGCGCCGAAUGUACUCGCGCGGAUUCACGAGAUGUUUCUUGAUGAAAAGCACGCUGUUGUGCAAGUAGAGGGCAGCAAGCGUGAGUGGUACGUGCCGAUUCUCUCCAUCGUUGACAAGGAUUUGUUGCGUCUAAAUGCGUUGGUGCUUGCAAAAGCUGGAGGAACGUUCAAGAACGUGCCUGUAGCCGUGGUUGGGGUGAUCGAUGAAAAAUUGAACACCAGCAUUAUGGGGCACAAGAUUGAGAAGGCUCCACCGGAGACGUAUGAUGAUAUUGGUGGUUGCGAAGAGCAGAUUCAAGAAAUCAAGGAGUCGGUCGAGCUGCCGCUUACACACCCCGAAUACUACGAGGAGAUGGGCAUCCAAGCACCCAAAGGUGUCAUUCUUUAUGGAGAACCGGGCACUGGAAAGACUCUCUUGGCCAAAGCCGUCGCUCAUCACACGAGUGCCACUUUCAUUCGUGCAACCGGCUCCGAACUCAUUCAAAAAGAAUCCGGGCAAGGCGCAAAGCUAGUCAGAGAUCUCUUCAAAGUGGCCAAAGAAUCGGCGCCGUCGAUCAUCUUUCUGGAUGAAAUUGAUGCAGUUGGAACAAAACGCUUUGACACAUCAUCUCGUGGUGAACAAGAAGUGCAACGAACUUUAUUGGAGCUGCUCAAUCAACUCGAUGGCUUUGAUAAUCGGGGAGACGUUAAGAUCAUCAUGGCAACGAAUCGAAUUGAGUCACUGGAUCCGGCGCUAAUUCGACCUGGGCGCAUCGAUCGUAAAAUCGAGUUCGCGAAGCCGGACGAGAAGACCCGACUGAUGAUUUUCAAGAUUCAUGCCGGCGCGAUGCAUCUGCACAAGGACGUGAAAUUAGAGGAGAUUCUCGCGCGAGAAAGGGAGCUCUCCGGGGCCGACAUUAAGGCAAUUUGUACCGAGGCUGGCAUGCUAGCACUUCGACAACAACGCAAAAUGGUGUGCAAGGAUGACUUUGAAAAGGCAAUCACAAACGUGCGUGGAAAGACGAAAUUCGGAAUGCCCGAAGAGUUCUUCGCU